AUAUUUCCCCUUACUCUCUCUCUCUCUCUCUCUCUCUCUCUCUCUCUCUCUCUCUUUCAAGGAAGCAAGGGAGAUGGGAAUACUAGACCAUUUUUCUAGAGUGUGUAGCUUCACAUACACCAGGAGAGCUUUGAGGAGGAAGAAGAGAAAGAAGCCACUCCAGACUGUGCAGAUAAAGGUCAAAAUGGACUGUGAUGGCUGUGAAAGAAAAGUAAAGCAUGCUGUCCGCACAAUGAAAAAUGUAAUAUCAGUAGAUGUGAAUAGAAAUCAAAGCCGAGUUUCUGUAACAGGGCAUGUGGAACCCGGAAAGGUUUUACAGAGGGUAAGGAGCACAGGGAAGGUAGCUGAGUUCUGGCCUUAUGCCCCUCAUAACUUAGUUUUCUACCCUUAUGUUGCUGGUGCUUAUGACAAAAAAGCACCAGCUGGGUUUGUUCGUAAAGUUCCUCAAGCAAUGCCAAGCCCAGGCGGUACCAUGGAGAAGUAUAUUUCAAUCUUUAGUGAUGACAAUCCUAAUGCUUGUUCUAUGAUGUGAGAUGAUCAAGUUUUUAUACAAGUUAAGCAGGUUUUGUUUCUAUGGUUUUCAGCUUAUUUUGAUGAUGAUAGCUGCAGAUGUUUUUGUGCGUAAUUAGAGAGAAUAUGGAUAGAAAUGAGCUGUUAAUGUGAUAAUUUGCCCUCUCUUUUGUUAUAGAACAAUGAUUCCAGUUUGUUUCUUGUA